GAGUGUGUGUGAGAGAGAGAGAGAGAGAGAGAGAGAGCUGCAGUGGACUUUACUCAGCUGAUGCUAAGGUCAUGAGAGCUUCAUCAAACUCAUCAUCAUCCAGGAUGAAGAGUGUGCAGGACAGCAGUGGUGGACUUUGGGACUCGGUGAAAAAAGCCGCAUUUGUUAUCGGAUCAGGACUUUUUUUUCUGGUGGCCUUCAGGAACUCAGUGACAUGGCAUCUUCAGAGGUUUUGGGGAGCAUCAGGAGAUUUCUGGCAGAUGCAGUGGUCCAGACUUUAUACAGCAUUUGAUGGAAAUGAAGCAUCUUUGUUUUUCAUCGGAACAAUGCUGGUGCCAACAUUCUGCUUCUGGGUGUUGAACAUCUUCCUGAUGAUCGCAGAUACAACAGGAAAACCUGCGUUCAUCACACGUUACAGAAUUCAGCAAGACAAAAACAAUCCGGUGGAGGUGGAGCGUGUGUGGCGGGCGGUGAAGGUGGUCCUGUGUAAUCAGUUGUUUUUGUCGGUUCCAUUGGUGGUUCUCACCUACACUGUGAUGUCAUGGCGUGGAGAACCUUGUGGUCCUGAACUACCCACGUUCCACUGGGUUCUACUGGAGCUUGCUGUGUGUGGCCUGCUGGAGGAAGUGCUGUUCUACUACUCCCACAGGCUGUUUCACCAUCCGUUCUUUUACAAACGCAUUCAUAAGAUCCAUCACGAGUGGACGGCGCCCAUCGGAGUCGUAUCUCUUUACGCUCACCCCGUGGAGCAUGUGUUUUCCAACAUGGUGCCAGCUCUUAUUGGUCCGGUUCUGCUGGGUUCUCACAUGGCCACCACAUCUCUGUGGUUCAGCGUGGCUCUGAUUGUCACAUCCAUCUCACACUGUGGUUACCACCUGCCCCUUCUGCCCUCACCAGAGUUCCACGACUUCCACCAUCUCAAGUUUAAUCAGUGUUACGGUGUUCUGGGAGUUCUGGACCGGCUUCACAGCACUGAUGAUAAAUUCCGCAAAACCAAAGAAUACGAGCGACACGUUCUCCUGCUGAGUCUCACACCACUCACUAAGAGCAUCCCGGACACGCCCAUAAAACAAGAGUGACAUCAUCUUUGACACGCCCAUAAAACAAGAGUGACAUCAUCCCUGACACGCCCAUAACACAAGAGUGACAUCAUCUCUGACACGCCCAUAAACAAGUGACAUCAUCAUCUCUGACAUGCCCAUAAACAAGUGACAUCAUCUCUGACAAUGCCAUAAAACAAUAGUGACAUCAUCACUUCGGACACACCCAUAAAACAAGUGACAUCAUCUCUGACACGCGUGACAUCAUCUCUAACAUGUCAAAAAACCAGAAUAACAGUAAUUUUAAGCUUUCACAUUAAACACUUUAUGCAAUAUUUGUUUUAAUGAUGAUAAAUCUUUUAACAGUUAAACAGUGUGACAUUUAUCUCUCAUAUUACUAUUUUAUGCACAUCAACAUUACAAACAAUGUUUUUAAAGUUUUCAUUUUCUAAUUGUAAAGUUGUUUACUGCUGUGUAAUGUGCAUUAAUGUGCACUUGUUUAAAUUCAAUAUAAUUUAGCAUUUC